ACCCUUGACCGGUCCGGCGGCAUUCGACUUUAGGGUGUGUCUUUACUCGCUAUGACCACUCCCUUGUCUUCUACGAAUAUGCCCAACUCUUUUCUCUUCGAUACCAAUGAGCCACUUUACGCGACCACUGGCGCGUCACAAUCCAACAUCCUCCAACCAAAGAAUGGAAGAAUCACGUCUGCUCGUCAAAGUGCUACAUCACCUUUCUCCUUCCAUCCAUCUUCAAAGCAGGAUUCCCUAUUCAGUGCCUUUUCGUCAUCAAUAUCUACGACAAACACAGAACCAGCCGGUAGUCACAUUGCAAUGUCGCUCUGUGACCAAAUCUUCACCUUUAAUCUGCAAUGUCUGGAGCCUGAUCCAAGGGAAAUCAUCGAGCUGCUGAAGCUUACCGCCAGCGACAAGGGAAACUGGGCGCUUGUUGGUCUACACUAUCGACGCGUUGGGAAUCCUUCAGCGGCCAUCACAGUGAUAACCACCAUGGUAAAAGAAAUGACCAGACAUCAAAUUCCAGAUACCCACCUCAAACCUGCAUUCCUCUUCCUUGCCAGCUGCGAAACCGAACUCAGUAAACAGACGAAACAGGACGAUGCCACCAGUACCGCCCAGCAUCGCCAGAACGCACAGAAGUGGCUGCAGAAGGUGUAUGGCAUCUUUUCAGACAGCAUCGUAGAAUCCUCAAAGCCACCCGUACCCUUUGCACGCCAGCCCUCUUUGCCAAAGAAGACAAAGAAUAAACCUCAGAAUCACUCCCUCUCAGUUCCUCGUCUACAUGCGGAAUUGCCUCCGAGACCACAAAACGUUUAUCAAAAAAUCUUGGAGCGAGAAAUUGGCUCUCUUAGAGACCGGCAGGCUGUGCAGGCUAGUAUCCUUUCCGAAGUUCGCUCCUGUAAACGGCAGUUGGAGGAUGAUAUCACCUAUGAACGCGAAACGCGACGGCGAAUGGAACGAGAGCUUGAUACUCUUCGAAGGGAAAGAGACUCGGCCCGGCGGUCCGAAGCAUAUGCUGUGGAACAGAUGAUGAAGGAAACGGAGACCCGACGAAGGAUGGAAGAGAUUGUGGAUAGGGAGAGGCAGCUGAGGCGGGAGACUGAAGGAAGGUUGUACAUCUCAGAGCACGGUCACUUGAACCUUUCCCUGGAUGCAUAACGGAUGCAGCUUUUGUUUGCAUUUUUAGACUUCAUGAUUCGAACUCUCUGUAGUAGAUUGCUACCUAGACACUGUCCCAGCUUAGCCAAAUACAGAAACUGUACAGUUUACGGC